AGAUGUUUUGCAUGGUGCUCCGCUUGCAGGGUAUAUUUCGAAUUUUGAUGUGCGAGAGUAAUUUCGACGGCAUAUCUCGCGCAUAUCGUUGGUGUACAAAUAUUUGAUUACGGCACUCCUUUCCGCUCUCGUUCCUGUUACCUACCCGGAAUCGCAUCUCGCGUCCGAGGAAGUUCUUGCGAAUAUUGUCUCCUAGUCAGUGAAUCUAUGUUGAAGCAGAGGCGGCUAGCGGGGCAUUCGCUUGUUAUGCCAAUGCUUCAGGCGUCGAAAUCGAUGCAGUCGUCACGGAGAAAUUGAUACUCGCCGUAGCCUCAAUGCAUGCGGCUACUUUUGUUGUUGGUUGCAUUUUACUGCCUCGGGGAUUUGUUUCUAAGUGAAAAUGAAUUGUACUUUAUAUGCGUUGUUAAGUUUUUCUUGUAUGAAAUAAUUUGUAGAUUGUGACAGAUUUUUAGAAAUUUCAGAGGAGGUUGGUACACAAUGACCAAACGAGCAGCAUCAGCUUCUGUGGACGGCAUUGCAUUGACUGUUUGCCUUAAUGGCAAGUGCAAGCGUAAUUGUGAGAACUUGAUGUGCUUCAACAAGCUUGGGGAGAAGGAUUGGCUGAACAACAUCCAGUCCGUGGAUUCUCCAGAAUUCAAUGCUCGUAAACCGAACGAAGUUGUUGGGCUGUGGAAUCUUGGAGCAACCUGUUACAUGAAUGCUGUGACCCAAGUUUUGCUGCGGCUGCCAGUUUUCAAACGACUGUUGAAAUGGGACCCUUCGUUGCUUGAGAAUGAGGAGCUGCGAGCAUUUGAUGAGUCUAAUGAUGGGUCGGUCUAUCCGCGGAGUACAUUGGGAAAUGUCAUCAUCCUCAUGCGGCUGAUGAAUGAAACCGCAAGAAUUGCGGUGGACCCGAGUUUUCUGACGCGGGUUUUGGGCUUGGACAACGAUGAUCCGCAGGAUGCUUCCGAAUUUUUUGACUUAUUCAUCAAGCGAUGUUCAACGGAUCUUCAAGGACAAAGGGAUCCACAGUUGAAGAACUUCUUCAAGAACUUCUCGGGCAAGACCAGAAGUCAUGCUGAAUGCAUCAAGUGCGGACAUAAUUCAGAGGAGAAAACGGUUGAGUUUGUGUAUCAGAUGGUUCCCGUGCCCGAUGCAACUGUCAAGACGGAUCGUCGAACUUUGAUGUCCGCAUUCAGCGGUUUUCCGUCGGAAAAGGUCGAGGUUACAUGCGGCCAGUGUAAAGAGGAGAUGGGCAUCCUUCAUUCGAGUCUGGACGCCAUACCACCGUAUCUGACUUUCGUGGUGGGCCGUGUUGAUAUGGCGUGUGCAAAGGUGGGUGACAGGGUGAGCUUCCCGGAAAAGGUUUGUCUGAGGGAGAUGUACCCACAUGGUCCAAAUGAAUAUCGUCUGGUUGGAGUGGUAUUUCAUCGUGGGAAUGUCCCUGACGAGUAUCACUUCUCAUCCUCUGUGUGGGAUCUCAAGAAUCAGAAGUGGCAACAUUUUGAUGAUCAUAUGACAAAAACCAAGGAUGACAUCGGGUUCAACACAUUAAAAUCCAAGAGGAAGCCAACUGUGUUCACUUCAGAAAGUGCAACAAUGCUAUUUUACCUGCGGGAGGACUAUCAGAAGUUGGACUGUGACACCGUGGAGUACCCUGCAUGGACUGAUGUGUUCCUGCAGUCUGAUGAGAAGAAUUUCCGGAAGGCCUGUUUAGAAAAACAGCAAGUUGAUGCUGAAUUUGAGAAGUCCGACAAAAAGAAAGGAGAAAUAAUCAAGAAAUUUUACAAUGAUACUCUGCCAAAUGCAAUGAAGGCAAAUCUCCUGGACUGGGUUUUAGUACCAAAGUAUUCCAUUGCCCACUACUUCGAAGUGGACACAUCUUUUUUGAGCAAGUUUAAAGUGACAGAUGUUGAGUGUGAGCAUGGGAAACUGCAUCCAACAAAAAUCUUGGUCUUCCUGAAACUGGUCUCACCAGCUUUUGGUGCUGAAGUGGUGAAGCAUGGACAUUCCUGGUCCCUCCGCGAUGUCUGCGAAGUCUGCAGAAAGACUCCAAAAAUGCUGAUUGAACUUCGCAAACGAAUGCGUUCUGACGACGCGCUUCUCAAACGUGAAGCGAGUGCGCUGAAAGAGAAUCGCUCAGCGCCUGCGUUUUGGGUAUGCAAGGAAGACUACUCGAACUGGAAAAAACGUGCUGAAGUUGAGGCUUUGGAAGGAUUGCGAAAUCAGUAUCAAGUCCUGAAGAAAGUCAAGCGGGAACAAAAAGAAUACAACUCAGAUGCAUGUUGUUCUCACAGCAAUCGCGUAUUGGACGAGAAUUUCCUUGUCAGUGUCACUGCUCCGGCGUGGGAGAUCCUAUGCAAAUACUUCGAAACGUAUGUGGAGAUGCCGGUGGUGACUGAAGCCUGUUUCGAAUGUGUUCGACUACAAGAGAUCGUUGUUGGGAAGACGGAGGAGAGGAAGGAACUGGCUAAAGUUCUGGGUGAAUCUCAAACCUGGGCAAUCAAUCCCAUGAUGCGUUUUAUUCCGCGGGUCGCCUCGAAAGGCGACCAGGUGUUCUUCGUGCCGAAGGAAUUUGCGGUCAAACUGAAGAACUUCAUCAUAAACCCGGUUUCUGCAGAAUUCCCGUCUACACUUGACAUGUCUGCCGUCCUUUGUGAGCAUGGGAAGGUCUUGAGAGACCCGCGGUGCUACGAAGAUUUCAUUCCUGUGGAGAGUUCCGCGAUCAAACAAUUGAAAAAAGUAUCAUUUCUCAAGAUGGUCUCCGCUGCUGCAACCAAGGAUCAUCCGGAAGAAAUGCUUGAUUUCCAACUGGACCCAGAAUUGUGUGACCCGUGUUUGGUAUCCGAAAUGCAAGCGGAAGAAGCUAAGCAAUAUGUGUAUAAGAAGCAGCCCUUUUUCUGCAAGAUGGUAUCAGUGAUGAAAGACGUUUUCGCAUCGAUCCUGUCCUGCGUUGAGGAGAACGACGUGGUCAAUGUGACUAAGUUGACUCGAAAAGAACCAAGAAUGAUUAAUAUGAAGGAAACGCUUGGGCUGAUCUCGGAAAGGAAAGGAAAACGCGGCGGGAAGCGCAUGAUCUUCUCAUCUGAUAUGAAGCUAGCGGAUGUCAAAUCCUUGGUUAGUUUCUUUUUUUUGGGAAUUGGAGAAGGGAAUCCUAAAGCAUGA